AUGAUCGAAGCAGGCUUUCAUACGGGUUUAAUCAGUCUCUUCAAGACCAUGGAAACAAAAGAGUACAAUGCCAUGACGAAAUGCUGGUCAUUCCGGUUGACAGAGUAUGAAAAACUGAUGAAACAAGCUAAGAGUUUACAGCCAGAGGUGCUAAUCAUUCCACUUCCUAAGAUUGUCCUCCAAACAUUUUCUGAUGCCAUUGCUGGAAGAACAACCACAUCCCAAAUUCCAAAAGCUGAUAUCACCGCACUUGAUUCCUGCCUUGUUAAGACCCUUAUGUCAUUCCAGUUGGAAAGUGUCUUUUUAGGAAUUCAUCGCAAAGGACGGAUCCUCUUGGCUGAUGACAUGGGACUUGGAAAGACAAUUCAAGCAAUUGCAUUGGCUUGUUAUUAUCGUAAAGACUGGCCUCUACUUAUUGUCGUCCCUUCUUCAGUUCGCUUUGAUUGGGCACAGGUCAGUUUGAAUUGA